UUUCAUUCGUUACUUUGACUGGACUGUAAUACUUCACAGCACAUUUUAUUUUAAACGUUUUUACAACAAUAAGUUGGCUAUUGAGGUCAACAAAAUGAAUUCCGUUUUAAAUCCAGAGGCUCCGGAGUUUUACCCUCACUUGACGUCAGUAACACAGGGUGGAUACACAAAAGUGAACAAAUCCAUCAGAUCGUCAAACCAGCUACCAUCCGGGGCUUCCUACGAGCUGUUCAAAACGUUCACAGACUUCAACAUAGUAGCAUGCCAGUUAAGCGAAAAUGUUGUUCACCAGUCAAAUCAGAUAAUGAUCACCGAAUUGCCCGCUGUGAAGUUAAAACGAAUCGACAUCGAAUACAACACUGACAAAGUGACAGACGCCAAUGACAGUAUGCUGGACAGAGUGAACAUAAACAUGGACACGCUGACGGGAGUGAACAAGCCCAGCGAGAAGUUCGCCGCGUCGGUGCGGCCCGGCGCCGCCGUCGCCUCCUGGAACCACUCGCCCGUCAUCGCCAAGAUACAGGUGGGAUCGACAAUGCUAAUAGGCGCCAAGAACAUCCCCCGGCCGCAGCUCUCGUUCAAGGACACGAUCGACAACUCUGACAACCUGUGGGUGCCCAAGAUAUCAGACAAACCGAACAGCGUCAAGCCGCUCGCGCUCAACAUACUGUAUAACGACACGGGGGAGGCGGUAGGGUACGCGCACCCAUACAAAGUGGAGCUGGAUAUAUACCACCCGCCAGGCUGCUUCAUAGACCCCGACCCCGCGCCGCCCGCGUACCCGAAGCCCCUCGCAGAGACCACACUCACGUACAUCGACACAGAGCAACAGCUAGACGCAUUAGUCGACCACCUGACCGGCGUCGCGGAGUUUGCGGUCGACGUGGAGCACCAUUCCUACAGGAGUUACCAAGGGAUAACGUGUCUAGUACAAAUCUCAACGAACGAAGGCGGAGACUUCAUCAUAGACACACUAGCGAUAAGGGAACACAUUCACAAACUAAACCUCGUCUUCACGGACCCCAAGAAACUCAAAGUGUUCCACGGCGCCGAAAUGGACGUUGUAUGGCUGCAACGCGACUUCGGCGUGUACGUGGUGGGGCUCUUCGACACGCACCAAGCGGCGCGGGCGCUCAACUGCUCCAGCAACUCGCUCAAACACCUGCUGUGGCAGUACUGCCAGGUCGACGCAGACAAGAAAUACCAGCUCGCGGACUGGCGCAUCCGACCUCUACCGGAAGAGCUGGUGGAAUACGCGCGUAUGGACACACACUAUCUGCUGUACAUCUGGCGACAGAUGAAGGCGGACCUGCUGCGUGCCGCCGCCGGCAAGCCACAGCUGCUCCUGUCUGUCAUAGAGCAGAGCCGACAGAUCUGCGGCACGACAUUCAACAAGAAGGUGAUCCACGAGAACAGCCACAUGCCGCUCUACCUGCGCUCCAAGAAGUCCUUCAACUCGCGGCAGAUGUCAGCACUCAAGAUGCUCUACAAGUGGAGAGACGCCCAGGCGCGUGAGCUCGACGAAGGCACCAUAUACCUGCUUCCAAAUCACAUGUUGCUGGCUCUAGCCGAGACGCUUCCUCGAGAGAUUCAGGGCGUGAACGCGUGCUGUUCGCCCAUGCCGCCCUUCGUCAAACAGAACCUUAUCACCAUACACAGAAUGCUGCUGUCGUGUCGGGAGCUGCCGCUGGAGCCGCAGCUGUACCCGAUGCCGUCCAGCAUCAGCAGCGCCAUCAACGCGCACCAGCCCUCCGCCUUCAACCUGCACGACUUCUCGCACUACCCCGAAUACAGCGAGGAGCGCAUCAACCUGGACCGGGCGGCGCUCCUGUUCAGCGACCUGGCCGACUUGCCGGGCCACCCCGACAUACCAGCCUUCGUACCCUCCUAUAAUACUGACACAUACUGUGUUGUGUCCGAUUUGAACGUCGACGCAAAACAGUUCAUACCGCCUUAUGACAGAUACAGAAAAUAUCGCUCGUUAGCUCAGAUGGAAGAGAUACGGGAGUACAGAGAUAAAGAAGCGAAAAUAGCGGCGAUAGGAAAAGGGGACGAGUUGAUUAAAACAGAAGUUCUCAAUAAGUUACAACAGGCUAAGUCACAUAUAGAAAACGACGAGAACGUCGUUGAAACUAAAGAAAAUUUACUUGACGACAGUGCGACGAAACAGCGCAAAAGGAAAAUAUCACCCGACACCGUAGAACGCAAAGAAACGAACAAAGUAGUCGACUCGAAAAAAGAGUUGAAACAAACUAAUAUUAAGCACAGCAAGCCCGAAGCGAAGAACGAAGUCAAACCGUACCUUUACAAAAACGCGAACUACAAAAAGUUCUUCGACAACAACGCUAGGUCGCACAAACAACCUAAGGCAAAGUUUAAGAAGCAUUGAUGUUACUAUACUUUUAAGUGAAAGUAAGCAAUAUUAUACAUAGCUAUUUUACACGA